GCUUACUGGAAUCCUCCUCUAACACCACCGUCAUCAUCGCUAAAAGAGAAAAGGAAAAGAAAUCAACAUAGAGAGAGAGAGAGAGAGUAGAGAGAACACAGAAACACACUACACUGUAUCUAUAGGCGGCGGAAAUGUCAACUUCAGCAAGCGCGACGGAGAGGAGAGGGAUUCCGGCGGCGGCGUUUGUUGAAGAUGUUCAGACCUACCUCUCUCAGCUAAAUCUCGACGCCAACGCCGCCCUUGCAUUUUUACAAGAGAGACUUCAGCAAUACAGAGUGGUGGAGAUGAAACUUCUUGCACAGCAGAGGGAUCUUCAGGCAAAAAUACCUGACAUUGAAAAAUGCUUGGACGUCGUUGCAACUUUGCAAGCAAAGAAGGGAACUGGUGAGGCUAUUGUUGCCGAUUUUGAAGUAUCCGAAGGCAUUUAUGCUCGUGCUCGAGUCGAAGAAGCAGAAUCUGUGUGUCUAUGGCUUGGAGCAAAUGUCAUGCUGGAAUAUUCAUGUGAAGAGGCAACUGUGCUCCUUCAAAAAAAUUUGGAGAAUGCCAAAGCAAGUUUAGAAGUUCUUAUUGCCGAUCUACAAUUCUUAAGGGAUCAAGUGACAAUUACUCAGGUUACUAUUGCUCGUGUGUAUAACUGGGAUGUUCAUCAACGAAGACUCCGCCAAACUGCUGCUUCUACCUCAGAGUCAUGAGAAUUUCAAUGUGGGUGGUGGGGCUCGGUUUUUUUGUCUAGAGUAUGCUCAAGUCUUCCCUUUCAUGCUGGCCACUUAUCUCUUUUUUAUCAAGAUAAUCACUAUUCAGUCAAGCUGCUGGUUCAAAAUUUUGGCGUGUCGGAGUAAAGAACAAUAUUUGCUUGGGAUGUUUGAUUGUCUAUUAUAGUUAAACUUUAUCCCAAACAUAUGAUUUGAAUCUAUUGACCUGUCAUGUUGUAACUUUAUGAGUCCUACAUUUCUUCGUAUUGUAUGAUUGAUCUCUUUUCUACUGUUA